AUGCCUCUGUUACCUCUCAGUCUCCCCUCCUUCUCCCAUCAGGGGCCUCCAGGGCUGAGGGUGCAAGACUCCCGGCAGCUACGGGGUGAGGUUUCCUGGCUCAGCCUCACCCUCCUUUCUGGCACCACCUCUUUCCCUUCCGAAGAGGCAGCAGCAGCCCCAGCCAAAGCAGCUGCUGCUCCUGCUCUGAGAGUGUAUAUAUUUUUUACCAAAAGUUCGGAAAUUGUAAAUUUAUUUUUUAAAACUCAAGGAGGGAAAGAGCCUUGUAUCAUAUGUAAACAGUGUAUCAUAUAUGAUGUUGUACAGUCCCUUUUAUACUGCGGUCUGUCUUGUUCCUGCUGCAAAAAUAUGUCUAUAGACUCCCCACCCCCACCACGUCCGCUGGCGCUGUGUCCCACCCCCUCCAUCCCUAGAGACAGUGACCUCUGUCUGUCCACUCUUCCCUGCUACUGCUGA